AUGGCAGACAAGGCUGAAGCAUCCACCAACACAACCAAACCACCAGUUCCGCUACACCCAGUUUUUACUGUUACCGACAUCAUGAAACAGGUUCGCAUCCUGGAUGGUAUUAAUGUCACAUACUCUGCGUGGGUGAAGCUUUUCAAACUUUAUGCACGUGGGUACGAGGUCAUAGUCCAUAUCAACACUGAACCACCACCUGAAGACGACCCUACCUAUGCUCGAUGGAUAAAGAUUGAUGCGGUCAUGCUCCAAUGGAUCUACAGUACACUAUCUGAAGAUUAUCUUCUUCGGGUCCUUGAAGAACCAUCCACGACUCUCCAGGCCUGGAACUGGGUUAAGGAUCUUUUUCAUAACAACAAAGGUCCCGUUGUGUAG